AUGGACAUUCACGAGUUCGACACAGUGGUAUACUUCACGGCCACGUUUCCAUUCGUAGUAAUAUUCAUCCUUCUCAUCAGGGCGGCAACAUUAGAGGGACAUCUGGAGGGUGUGAGGUUCUAUAUAUACCCCGAGUGGGAACGGCUAAGACAUGCUGUGAUAUGGCGAGAUGCCGCAGUGCAGAUCUUUUUCUCCCUUGGUGCCGGAGGGGGCGGGCUCCUUACUUUGGCAUCAUAUAAUAAAUUUCACAGUCAUUGUUACAGGAACUCGGUCUUUGUGGCAGUUGUCAACUGUUUGACGAGUUUUGUCUCAGGAUUCAUGAUAUUUUCCAUAGUAGGCUACAUGGCUCAUAAACUCAACAAGUCCGUCAAAGAUUUUGCUCACGAUGAUCUCUCAGGUUUUGGGUUAGUGUUCGUAGCGUGUCCAGAGGCCCUGGCGAAGUUUCCCGGUGCUCCUUUCUGGUCGAUAAUGUUCUUCUUUAUGCUCAUUCUUUUAGCGGUUGACAGUCAGUUUGUUAGUGUGGAGGUAAUCGUCACCGUAUUCAUUGACCAGUUUCCCGAUCUUCUGCGAGCUCGGAGAUCUUUGGUCACAGGAAUUACAUGUUUUAUCAUGUUUUUACUCGGCCUUCCUAUAGUCACCAAUGCGGGUGGUUACUGGAUGGCGUUGUACAACAACUACGCUGUCAGCUUCGUGCCCCUUGUUGCUGGCAUCCUCCUUACGUGCAAUAUUAGUUAUAUCUACGGCUAUCGGCGGUUUCUAGACGACAUCCGGGUCAUGAUUGGCACGCACAUCGUUGAUCAUUGGCAUUUCUGGUUCUGGCCGUUCAACUGGUUGAUUGCCACCCCUAUCCUGUUAGCGGUCAUUCUUAUAUGCCACUGGGCUUUCGACGAAGAACCAACCUACAACGGAAUGGCAUUUCCCGGAUGGGCAACCGCUAUUGGUUACCUAAUGAUGAUGACGGCACUGCUUUGUUUUCCCGCCUUUUGGGUCUAUGACUUUGUGCGCAAGCCCAGUCUUAUCACAUGGGAGGACAUCAGACUUUCGUCCAUAAUACAGCGGUUGAUACUGAUUACGAGAACAGAUCGAUCUUGGGGUCCUCUCCUCGCCGAAGACCGUCUCGAGUCAUGGGACCUUCAUGAAAAGCGUGGCACGACAAUGGGUGGAAAGCUCGAUCCCAACGCGUGUCAGCACGAGCCCGUCAUCAUGAGCAAGAUCGAAGACCAACCCGACAAUGGCGCUCCAAGAACAUUUCACUAUGCCGUCUUCGAGAACGAAUCUGUGACCGAUGUCCUACCAUGAUCAUGAUGAUGGUGGUCGUAUAGGAAGCGGUGUGUUUGUCAGUACUACCGUCACCAACACAAGAGGGCGCAUUGUCAGCGAUUGCUACUAGUAGUCCGACAUGUUCAAUAAACUCCAGUGAUAAUAUCAUCACUGAGGAAUUAAACGCCAAUGUCACCAACAGAUGAUAAUUUAUAUUUUUUUAUAUGAUGAAAUUCAGAUCGAGAGUUUUGAACAAUACACAAGCCGAACUUCCUGUAAGCCAAGUGGACUAAAACAUAAACCGUUUUAAGUAGUGUAAAAUCUCACUCCCUAGGAAUUUCCAGUCAUUUCCCCCCAUAUUAAUGCGACCUCUUGUUUCUGAUGGUGCGAGUACUGACUAACAUCUGGGAGAGGGUGCGGUCUUAAUAUAUUUUAUCAAAUUAGAUGUAUAUUACACUGUACUAAGAUACAAACGAGAAAAUAUGAAUUACUAAAUUUCGAUCGUAUCUUCACUAUAGUGAAUGACUAGACGUGGAAUUUGCAACAUCCCAAGAUUAGUACCAUAUGAUGCGACCUAACAAUUUUCUGCACUGAUUACGAAUUCGUGUUUUGGGGUAAUAAUGUUACUAUUCAGCUAAAUGAGAGUUACUAUUCAGCUUUCUCUUUUCUUGGCCAUUGUCUUUCGGGUUUUCAUUCUUUCUUCUAUAAUAUGUUGUGUGUCUCGUGGGAAUAUUCAGCCUUUUUUCCUUCAAAAUUGCUACUGAUGGGGGCACCAAGUUGCGAGUCUCCCAUUUGUGUAGCCUAUCCUUCAAAUUGUUUCUCAGGGACUGCUCAGACACUGAGCUUCGUUUGAAAUUAGAAAUGAUCUCCACUACCCACCUUAAAUAUUUAUCAAUUUCAAAUAAUUUAAAUAUAGAAUAAAUGUGACACUUUGGUCCCGAUUUAUUAUUAUUCAUUCAUAAUCUUUAUUCAAAACAAGAGGGAAAAUCUUUACUCUUUAUGAUAUUAUUCAAGGAUCACUCUAAGCAUGGACCUAUUAGAGAUGGACAUUCAACGUUGUAAUUUCUUUGAUCGAACGAGAUCCGCCGCCUCGUGAUUAUGCGCAUCUUAAUGAGAGCAUACAGGUGUUUUGACAAUAGCCACUACCAAGGCGUAUCUGAUUAGUUAUAAAGGCACAGCUUUCCUGGUUUGGGUUUGUUGGCAGAUGCCCUGUGUUAGAAAAGUUUUCAUUCAAAUGCUUUAGAUCUGAAGCAGCAGAAUUAAGAAGCAGACGAUUUUGUGACAUAAAAAUAUGUUAUUAUUUGAUCCGCACACUUCCGCACGCACAUAAUGACCUCAAUUUAGAGAUAAACGCUCUCUACGCGAUAUGAGCCAUGUAUCUCUGGGAUAUUAGAUGGAAAAUUUUGAAAAAUGGGAUUAUAAAUGAUAGACAUUCAAUCACAAUAUUGCCUCUAUCUUAAAAUUUGCAUACAUUUUCCCAAAUAAAACACAUGGAACUAAGAUUGUCCAAGGUAAGCCGGAACUGCACAUCGAUUUUCCAGGAUUUCAGUCAUUUAUCCGCUUCUGCACAUACAGUUUGUGCAAUAUCAAUGUUUAUUUAGUGCUUAACUCAUGGCCUUAUUGACGGCGGAACACGGUAGGAUGAAAGUAGAAAAAUAUGAAGAGAAUGUCAUUCAAAGCACAAUGACGGUCACAUGUUAACGAAUUCAUUAACUCAUCGAUGAGUGUUUAUCUCUUACAGGUCCAUGCUCCGACAAACAAUAUUUGUCAGACAGCAUUACAUUAGAAGGUCACAAGUUUACUUUGAACGUGUUCCGAGUUCAGCCCUAAAAUGACAGGGAUGUGUGUGUGUGUUGCGGGGUAGGGGGUGGUCUUAAUCAAUUUGUUCUGUCUUUCUCUACUUUGCCUUGUGUUUGCAUAUCAUGAUAAUUUGUUUGUUUGUAUUUAUUUCCAUAAAAAAGAUAAAAUAUGUACAUGCUCAAUUUAACAUAACAUACAGAUCAUAUGGAGGAUGGCCCAUUUCAGCGGUAUUAAUAAAAUACCGCUGUUCUUCCAUGGGGUCCUUUUAAACAUAAAUACAUGCAUACAAAGCAAAUAUACAAAAAAUUACACAAAACUUCAAAACUUAAUUUAAUGCAUGAAAAGAAAGAAAAAUCACUACCCACCCUUUAAAAAAAAAAAAAAAAAAAAAGCAACAACAGGCAAAAUGAUUAUGGAAAACCGAGAUACAAUUGAAGAUUUGAUUUAAAGGACUGAAUCGUUGAACUAGACGAUAAAUUAAUUGGUAAUUAUUGAUGUUAUAAUCGGUAUAGGUUACUGAAGUUAGAGUGUAGGCCCUAUUUUUGUGUCAGGUCUAGACUUAUGAACAUUAGGUGUCCGAACCAUUCCUCGAGGUUUCUGAGCAUCAGACAUAAAGAUUUUUUAUCAUUUCGAUGAUAUCUCAAUUCAUAAAACAAUAGAAAACAUUAGAUUUUAAAAUCAAUAAAUACAGAACAUUAUAAUAAAUGAUUAUGCACUCGUUCCUCAAACCUUAUAAGGUGAUAUCAAAUGUUAUCAGUGUGAACACAGCGUAUAGUAGAUCUGUAUAAUUACAGUCGAUACAUGUUUUAGGGGGAACGCAUGAAGGACUGGUUGUAAAGAGUGAGAAAAAUAAGCCAGUUCACGGUUAGCUCAUGAUCAACUUUUCUCAAAUGACCUUUGUGAUUUUUCAUUAUAGGAUAAGCACUACCAUUUUCAAAUGUAGAUGUUGCGUAAGCUUUACCGGUAGAGUAUUCAAAUUCUAAGAACAAAAGACAUUGUAUAGACCAGGUGACUAGAAUAGUACAUCAGGGAUAAAGUUUGGAAAUCUGUUUUAUUGUCUGCCUUUGGCACAUUUGACUAUUGUUUAGGCUACUGUCAAAUACCAGUGUUUAUGAAGGCUCUAUUUAUUACUCUUCAGCUUGGAUGUGAUAAAAUGAACAUUUUGAAAGGAAUACAUGAAUAAUCAUCAAAUCACAAAUGCCUAUGUCAGUGAAUUUGAAAGCCACCUUCAUGGUUUAUAUCAAAUGACAUUUUUUCUGCUCGUGCGCAGUUUACAACCGUGAACAGGCUUAUUGAGCGGAAUCAUGAGUGAAUAACUUCUUUUCUCUUUUGUUUGGAUAAUGAAUGUGCCGUGAAGAAGUCAAGGUAUCUUUGUGUGUGUGUUUUUGUACCAAAAAAUAAUAUGCACUUGAAUAACUCCGCAUUGUAUAGUGUGUGUUUUUUAUCAUACUCGGAUGGUUGUGCACAUUCGUGAAUGCUGUUAAAAUGUAAUGGCCCUGUAUGGUGAGGUGGUGGAUCCAUGAAAUAUGACAAAGGCUGAUUUUUUGGUAUUGCAUACCUGGAAUAAGUACUGUGCAUUGAAAAAAAGUAACUAUUUUGCUUUUAUGAUAUUUAUUAUCAAAGCCAGAUGUUUAUCGAAGGUUUGGAAUGGUAUUUUAAAGUGAUUGUGUGAUUAUUUUUAAAUACAAUUAAUGUUAUGUUUUUUUUCAUCAAGGCCUUGUCUAUUUUCUGUACUAUUUUUGAAGGUAGUUAUUUCGGGGAUGCAAUUAUUUUUGCGAGAAAAUAUAUUUGUAUAUAUUUGGAUUGAUUUUUAACAUGAAUAAAGUUUCAUUGCGAUGU